AUGAGCGACGAGCAGUCGUUCACGGUCGAGAUCCCGAUCCGACCUCGGGAGCCACGUCACCGGGAUUCAACCUUUGCCUCGCAUGCCAAAAUCGAGGAAGUAGUUCACUCACCACCAUUUGAACACCACUUUCGCCUGUCGCAACCUGUGCACCACCAGCAAAAAUGUCCCGAGGGCCUGAAGAUCAUCUCAGGUGUCUAUGGGAAGACAUUUCGUGACCGGUCGCCGACCUCAUCGACCAUGAGCUCGACUCAUGUCCCCGACUCAGCGACGACCUGUUCAAUGCCCAUGUCCCCCACCUCAUCGACCUUUACAAGGGCUACGACUCCUGAUAUUGAUGGCCCUGAGCGCUUACCAACACCGUUUCUUGCGUCGCGGUCCGGUACGAGCGGACAUCGUUACAGAGAAUCAUGCGACUCGGGAUCGACGUUCGUGGACUCCAUCAUGGGCGAGAGGUUUCCGGCGUAUCCGGAAUCCAUCGGUGCGGGUCACAAGGAGGAUCCACUGCCGCGGAUGGACAUCAUCGAGGCGGAUGAAGACGAGCAAUCUGAGUUGCCUCACACGGCGGGCACCCCAAGGCCGCCGUCGCCGGACGAAACGCCCGAGUCACCCCGCGAAGAGCGGGUGCCACCCCGGCCCCUCAAUGAGAGGAUGAGCUUCGACUCCGGCUCCGAUCGUCUCUCGCGUGCAUGGGAACCCAUCACCCCAACACCCAUUGACUUCUCUAAUGAAGAAGCCGAUGCAGUUCUCGACUAUGUCUUACAAGUCACUUACGGUGUAGAGCUGGAAGAGGUUACCAUGCCACCUGCCUUCCUCCGCCAUUUCGUCUUCAGAUUUAUCCAAGACAUUGGGAGAUUUGCUUUCAAUGGAUUCCCCGCCGGAACACAACUAACCCACACUCAAUCCACGUCGUCUAAUGGUUCCUUGCCUCUAGCUCGGAGAUCAGGGUCAGGUCGAGGGUCCCAAAACGGCAAGCGCAAGAAGGGCGACACCGGCCGUGCAGAUGGGGAUGAUGAUGGCGAUGACUUGACGGAUGACGAUGGAGACUCAAGCGUGCCGUUCAAGAGGGCCAGACAAACACCACGAGAGGCAGAGGGAGAUCUUCGACUGAGCUGUCCGUUUCGCAAGAGGAACCCGCAUAGGUUCAACGUGAGAGAGCACCAUUCGUGUGCAAUGACUUACUUCCCCAAGUUUGCCGAGCUGAGGCAACACAUCGUCAAGCAACAUAAGCGCAAUGACCCUUCAUCCUUCAUGUGCGACCGCUGCAACCGAGACUUCCCCAGCAAGAAGGAUCUCAGGGAUCACCAGCGUCUACCAAAGGAGCAGAUGUGUGACGUUUCCGACCACGACCCAGAGUCCGGCAUCGACGGCCCUACAAUGACGAAGCUUCUCAGUAGGAAGCGAGCCAGUGGCAUGAGCACUGAGGUACAAUGGAAGGAGAUCUGGAACCUGUUGUUCCCUGACGACGAUGACUACAGGGUUCAACCUUUCGACUUCUGCCCCGUUAUCGAGCAUUUCGAGCUGCAGAACCAGUUCAUGAACAGUCUGAAAGAUGUCGAGGAUAGCCUGCGAAACAAGGGCAUGACUCCCCAAGCGCUGGAGACCAUCGGGAACAUCUAUCGCAAUCAGUUCAUCCAGGUCAUUGAACAGUGCAUCGCCAACGCACAGAACAUGCCCUAUUCGAACCGAAGCAAUCGAAAGAAUGAGCCAUCACCGUCCCGCCUCCUAGCCCCACGCCACUUGACUCGCACUGUGCCUCGUCCAGACUCGGGUGUAGACGUCGACGAGGGUUCGGAAGAUAGCCAGUCUGUCGCCAUCUUCCCUGGAGGCGGAUUCGACGGGCAGGGUAUGCUCGCCCACUCCGACAGUGUUCGAACAGUCAGAAGGGCGUCAUCAACCCCGGAAGAGUUCAGAGGCUCCGCUCCGCCAAGGACGCUGCAGCCCCUAAUAGAACAGCUGCCCGCAUCCGACUUUGGUCUCGGAUGCUCUCCCCCACUGCAGAAGCAGUCACAUUCGCAGCAGCAAUUGUCUCAGCAGCCGCCAAUCUUCGACCAACAGGCGGAACUCAUGCCAAUGGCAAAUGGGAUGACGCCGGAGAUGGCCGCUCAACUCUGGGGCUACCAUGAUGGCACCAUGGUGCUGACGUCAGGGCCAUCACCCAGCAAUUUGAGCAUGUAUGCGCCUGUGAUUGACGCCAAUGGGCAGCCCCAGUUCCUCGACUGGAACUCGGGACUGCAGGAUCAUAAUGGGAUGUACGACUUCUCGGGGUAUGUGCCUCGAUAG